CUCUCUAAGCAACAAGCAAUCUCUCUCCCACUUCGAUUUAAUUUACCCCCAUGAGAACGCUGCUUCACAACAAGCCGUUUCCCGCUGUGACUUUCUUCUUCGCAUAAACAUGCAAAACUCAUAUAUAUGUAUGUAUUUCUGUGUGCUGUUGGAUACCGCUUCUCCGCUUAAGAGAUGUGACGGGAUUGUGGGAAUACGCGAUGGCAGAUAGAUAGGGAUGAAGUUGCUUCGAGACACUUUUAAGUUCACCUGAGAUAGUGAAAAUCUAGUUCAUAGUAUCUGAAUACCAAGAUUAUCGGAAUUUGUUGUCGAGAAGCAUUGUCUUUUACCAGUUGUUUUGCUAUAGAUAUUGAUAGAUGUCUUCAUUUUCGCUAUAUCAGAAUGGAGAUUUUGUUGAUGGAAUUCCUGUUAUGGAGUAUGGUGACUCUGCAGAAGCCAACACCAUUCCUCAAACUCAAUCAGAUUGUUAUGAUGUGGGCGAGGAAUUUGGGGAGCAUGAUAUUCUUCCCCGUAUUGGAGAUGAGUAUCAGGUCGAGCUUCCUACACUUACUACAGAGCCCAAUCGCAUGUCCCACACUGAAAUUGGAAAUCACUCCCUCCAAGAUUUCUUUGUUGGGUUGCCAAUACCACUAAUUUGGAUCAACUGUGGGAAAAAUAACUGCCCUCAAAUUGCUCUAGGCUCCAGACGUCCACAUCAUAAGAAUGUGAUUGAAAAGGAGACUUUGUGCAAUGGUGACAGUGAGUCUUCACACAAUUCAGUGAAGGUGGAGAUAAAGAGUUUACCAGCUGUAGAGAAAAUACGAAUUUGCAUUGAUGAAGGUCAUCUUCUGGUUCCCGGAUCACUCUGUGAAAGUUGGAGCGAUGCUGAAAAAGCUAGUUUCGUUCUCGCCUUAUACAUAUUUGAGAAGAAUUUUGUUGAAGUGAGGCGAUUUGUUGGAAGUAAAGGUAUGGGUGCUAUACUCUCGUUCUAUUACGGGGAAUUUUAUGGCUCUGAUGCAUAUCGUAGAUGGUCAGAAGGUCGGAAGACGAAGAGCAAGAAAUGUGUUUACGGACAGAGGAUAUUCUCUGGGUUGAGGCAGCAGGAAUUCUUGUCUAGAUUGUUCUCUAGGGUCUCGGAAAAAUGCAAAAGUUCUUUACUUGAGGUCUCUAAAACGUUUGGAGAAGACAAAAUAUCAUUAGUCGACUAUAUCUCUUCUCUGAAGGCUACGGUGGGGAUGGACCUCAUUGUAGAAGCUGUUGGUGUUGGUUUGGGCAAACAAGACCUGACGGGGAUGGCCUUGGAACCUCUGAGGUCGAACCAUGUGACCCGUUCAGAGAUACCAGCAGGAAAAGCAUGCUCCACGCUGACAACUGCUGAAAUCAUCAAAUUCUUGAGCGGAGAUUACAGGCUGAGCAAAGCUCGUUCCAACGACCUGUUCUGGGAGGCCGUAUGGCCUCGUUUGCUGGCAAGAGGCUGGCAUUCGGAGCAGCCCCAGAACCAGGGUUACAUUGCUGGUUCCAAGUUUUUGGUUUUUCUUCUUCCCGGCGUUAAGAAAUUCUCAAGAAGGAAGCUGGUAAAGGGCGAUCACUACUUUGACUCAGUCACUGACGUGCUGAGCAAAGUUGCGAAAGAUCCUGGCCUGAUUGAGCUCGACAAUGUGGAAGCCAAUGGUGACCAGAACAUGGAGAAAGAUGAGUGGAGCAGCGAUGUGAAGAUAGAGGAAGACGAGAACCAUCUUCCUUCAAGGCAGCGGCAUUCGUAUUUGCAGCCUCGGACUCCCAAUCGCAGCAUGGAUGCUAUCAAAUUCACUGUGGUGGAUACGGGCCUCCCUGAUGGAAAGAUAAGAGAGCUGAGGACCCUUCCUCGGGAAAUAUCAAGCAUUAUGAUCUCUCUCGGUGCACCUGUAGAGGAAAAUAUGGCUGAAUCUGAUAUGACGUGUAAAUCUGGGCCGAAGAAGCUUGCUAGCAGAAAAAACCGCGAUGAUGGCAAACCAGCGGCCCACCCAAAGAGAGAGAAGGAUUCAAAUGACAACCAGAAACCUCGAAAGGUCUCGAAACCCGUUCUAAGCCGGAAACAGAAACAAGGCUACGUCGAAAAUAUCGCUCCUCCCUCUAGUAAACGGUGCAGGAAAUUAAGUGGCAACACUCAUGAAGAAGCUAGAGAUGGAGUGCUUCUCCACCCUCACUCGACCUCCACCGCGCCUAGAUUAGAAAACAGGGUGUCUUGCAGCUCCUCAGGCGGGCACGAGUCUAACGAGACGACUCAACUUGGCUUGUGGCAGGAUAAGUUGUCGUCUGCCAGCUCAUCAAGAGGUAGUCCAAGUGAGAGCACUGAAUUCCCUCAACCUCAAUUGUUGAUUGAUCUGAACCUGCCUCACGUACCCCUGGAAAUCGAGAAUAACGGCCUCACUCCCAAUCUGCCAAAUAACCAGCUGCUCCAGCCAGAUAGCCAUGGCUUACCAGCAGCACCUUCACCUGUUGAGGCUAGUUCCGAGCAGCAAUGUGUUGCGAACACACGGAGGCUGAGCACGAGGUAUCGCCCUCCGACAACUCGGGCGUUGGAGGCUGUAGCAGGUGGGUAUCUUAGUGUAAGCCGGAAGAGAAAGGGUAGGGACACAAGCUCGCUUGAUGCACCAUCAAGACCUUCACAGAAAUCCCGUGUCUGGCCUGGUCGAAGUGAAUCUCCCAGCAGUUCCAUGGCUUCUUCACCUUCACAGAUGAGAGAAUCUUCUUCCCAAAUAGCAGAAGCUGACAGAGCUGCAAGUACAAGUGGUACUUCGAAAGCAUACAACCACGACGAUGAUCCACCAGAAGCUAAUCAAGACGAACCAGCUCCCAGACAGUGAGUUAGCAGCAGCCUGAGCUCAUAACUAAGAAUCUAUCGUCUAAAACAGUUAUAUAUCGAGUUCUUGUCUGAAACACCAGAAACAGGAAAACAUGGUACAAAUUCUUGCUGCUUUCCUUAACAAAGAUGGAUCUUUCUCGUUGAAAAUCACAGGCUUUCUGGUUCUUGAUUCUCAGUGAAACAUUGUUAGGUAGUGAUUCUUGAUGGUCAGAGAGAGUUCAUGCUGAUGGCACAUAUGCUUCCAUUCAGCCUCAAGGCCUUCAACCCCUUGCUCUUACAGCAGCAUUAUACACAACCGAAAUGAGUUCUUUAUGAGGCGAACGAGGAUCGUCUGAGGAGAUGAAUAUGGAUGUGAGCGAACCCUUGAGGAAUCAUGGCUGUGUGAUUAGCAAAUUUCUUUUUCUUUUACCCUCAUAGUUUGAGUUUUGCUGUGAUUGAUGAUCAUAUGAUAAUGAUAGUUGACAGUUGAUAAUUGCAGUAUUUAUUUCCAUUUUUUUCCCUUCCUUUUUCUGAUGAGGAACAGUAUAAUAUUAUUGUUAACUAGAAAUCUGUUAUGAGAGAUUUUGCUGCACAGUAAUAAAUGACUUUACUGUUAAUAAGGAAGCAUUGUUAUGCCUUUGUUGCAUUA